AUGGAGAAAAACACGCCGGUGAGGAAACCACACACAUCGACGGCGGAUCUACUCACUUGGCCGGAAAAUCAACCGUUCCAGUCUCCCGCCGCCGCAGCUUCUCGCUCUGCAACCAGAUCGCACCAGCCGUCGGAUGGAAUCAGCAAAGUGGUGUUUGGAGGACAAGUUACAGACGAAGAAGUUGAGAGCUUGAACAAGAGGAAGCCUUGUUCAAACUACAAGAUGAAAGAGAUCACAGGGAGUGGAAUUUUCUCUGUGUAUGAGGAAACUGAUGCUUCUGAAACAGGAAAUGAAUAUCUGGGCACUAACGGCAAAACAAGAAUAUACCAGCAACCACCAGCGGCAAUUAUAAGUCACAUUUCGUUCGGGGAAGAAGAGAUUGUUACACCAAAGAAACCAGCGACGGUGCCUGAAGUGGCGAAGCAGCGUGAGCUCAGUGGUACUUUGCAGAGCCAAUCUGAUGCUAAGCUUAAUAAGCAAUUCUCAGAUUCUAAGUUUAAGGAACUAAGUGGUCAUAACAUCUUUGCUCCACCACCUGAAAUCAAACUCCGUCCUACUGUUCGUGCUUUGGCUUAUAAAGACAACUUCGACUUGGGCGAAUCCGAUACCAACCCCGACGGGGAAUUGAAGACGGCCAAGAAGAUUCCGGAUAGAAAAUUCACGGAUUUGUCGGGAAACAAUAUAUUCAAAGGAGAUGGUACUUCUCCGGCCGCGGCUACGGCCGAGAAACUUCUAAGCACGGCAAAGUUGAAGGAGAUAAGUGGCAAUGACAUAUUUGCAGAUGCAAAGGCUCAGUCCCGUGACUACUUCGGUGGCGUACGCAAACCACCAGGUGGUGAAAGCAGCAUUGCUUUGGUCUAA